CACUAUAAGUAAAACUAUACAUUCAUUGGUUUUAGCCACCCCAUCUACCAUCUAUGUGCCACUCAUUUCUAUCCAUACACAACCACACCACAACCAAAAGCCAUGUCGGCUUCCUCUUUCCCCAUCGUUGCCACCACCACCACCACCCCCGCCAUGAACAACAUCCACGUACUAGCCUUUCCAUUCCCGGCACAAGGCCACAUGCUUCCUUUCCUCGACUUCAUUCACCAACUAGCACUCAAAGGACUAAAUAUCACCAUUUUAGUCACUCCUAAAAACCUACCUAUCAUAAUCCCACUUCGUUCAACUCACCCAAAUUCAAUUCAUACAUUAGUCUUACCUCUCCCUACUCACACCAAACUCCCUUUAGGUGUUGAAAAUGUAAAAGAUAUAGGACAUGUCGGAGUUGCUCCUAUUAUUGCAACUUUCAGCAAACUAGAAGGAGAGAUUUUACAAUGGUUUAAAUCUCAUCCUUCUCCUCCUCAUGCAAUAUUGGGCAGAAAAACUCGACAUACCAACAAUUACUUUCUUCACCUCGGGAGCAUUCUUUACUUGUUUUAUUCAACGUCUAAUGACAAACAUGGAAAAAUUUCGUAAUUUAGACAUUAUACAAAUGCAAGACAUUCCUAGAUCUCCUUCCUUGCACAAGGAGCAACAACCUUCUUUAUUCAAAAACUAUAAGGAGAAUGACUCUGAUUGGAGGAUUGUCAAAGAGUGUUUUCUUACAAAUCCUAAAAGUUGGUGUUAUGUUUUCAAUUCUUUCUAUGCCUUAGAAGGGGAGUAUAUAGAUCAAGUGAAAAAAGAUUUGGGUCAUGAUCGGGUGUUUAGUGUAGGUCCAUUAAGGUCAGUAAGUGGACCUAAGAGGGUUAACCCGGAUUCUGAUGCUGGUUAUGGUGUGCUCAAGUGGCUUGAUGGAUGCCCGGAUGAGAGUGUUUUGUAUGUCUGUUUUGGGAGUCAAAAGUUACUAACAGUUCCCCAAAUAGAAGCUCUUGCAUUAGGGUUGGAACGAAGCAAGACACGUUUCGUGUGGGUGAUGAAGGCAGAGGGUAGCCAAUUGGUACCAGAAGGGUUCGAGGAGCGAGUCUCGAAUCAAGGUUUAGUGAUUAAAGGGUGGGCACCACAAGUUGAGAUACUGAACCACAAAGCAGUGGGUGUGUUCAUGAGUCAUUGUGGAUGGAACUCGUUACUAGAGAGUAUAAUAGCAGGAGUUAUGGUUUUAGCUUGGCCAAUGGCAGCUGAUCAGUUCCACAAUGCAAAGCAGUUUGUGGAGUACGCAGGGUUGGCUGUUCAUCUAUGUGAAGGAGAACACACGGUGCCCGACUCAGAUGAAUUGGCUUGGAUCAUUAGAGAGUCGAUCAACGAGAAUGUACCACAGAAAGAAAAUGCUAAGGUGAUGAGACAAAAGGCAUUAGAGGCAGUGAAAGUUGGUGGUAGCUCAUCAUCUAAUGUGAUUAAGUUUGUGAAAGAGUUGAGCCAAAAUAUUGCAUUAAAAACUUAAAUCUAUGAAACUAUUCAUAUCAUUUUUUUAAUAAGAAUUUGUAAUGUGUGUGUGAAGUUUCUUUGUAUGUCCAUCCCAAAACAGGAAAACAAUUUUACUUGUCUAAAAAUAUAUAAUAGUUUUGUAUUUUUACAUUUAAAUAUCAA